AUGUUGGGUACAAGCAUGGGUACUUUUGCACAGGACAAUGGGAAGAUGAAGAUCAUCUUGAGGAGCACCGAGGAUGUCAACAGGAGGCACAUGUGGCUCAAUGAAAGAGGAAGACGAUGGCUCAGUGGACGAGGCUGGUGGAGAGGAGUCAAGAGGAGGAGGUGAUGGUGGAGAGGACGGAUGGGAGGGAGUUAGAGGAGACGAAUCUGCAAAGACCACCAAAGGGAGAAAGUUAAGUGGAGGAAAGUUAAUGGCUCAAGGAGGGAAGGUAGAUGAGAAAAAGGAAGAUUCCUCAUGAAAGGUGACGUCAACCAACUAACAUAGCGAUGGAUGUUAAGAAAGUAAACUCAAUAGCCUUUCUGUAUUUGGGAGUAGCCAACAAAGACCUCUUUGAGAGCACGAGGGGUAAGUUCAGAUAGGGAAGGAGAAUGAUCAUAGAUAAAGACAGUAUAUCCAAGGACCCGAGGAAGAAAAAAUAGGGGUAAGGUAGGUAGGAGGCAUUGAAAGGGAAUUGCCCCACCUAGAGGAAUGAAAGAAAACUGAUUAUGAAGGUAAGUGGUUGUCAUGAAGGCAACGGUCCACAAAUAAUGUAAGACAUUUAUCUCAAAAAGUAAGGUGUGAGUAAUGUCAAAGAGUUGAUAAUGUUUGAACUCAACGACAUUGUUCUACUGUGAAAUAUAAAAACAAAUGAUUUGAUAGAUAAUGCCACAAUUAGCGUAAAAUAUUAAGAGAGAGGUUUGGACAAACUCGAGGAUAUUAUUAGUGUGAAAAAUUUUAGACAGUAGAAUAUUGAGUGACGACCUCCAUGAUAAAGUGGGCAACAGUAAUGAUGACUUUAGAGCGGUCACAUAAUAAGUAUACCUAACUCAUAUGAGUGUAGUCAUUAAUAAGAACAAUGUAAUAUUAGUGGCCCAAGAAAGAAGGAGUACGAUAAAGACCUUAUACAUCACAAUAGAUGAAGUCAAAAUGAGUAGAAGAAGAAACACUAUCUCAACUGAGGUAGAAAGAAUAAUGGUGUUUACCUAACUGACAUAACUCCCACACAAACUUCUUAAGACAAAAUUAUAGUAAAAAAUUUUAAAAUUUCUCAAAAUAUAGAUGAUUUAACCGCUAACACUAUAAGAAGAAAGAAGUGACAAUAGAGGUAACAAAAAGGGCCUAAGGCUAAAAGAGAGUUUAGCAAAAGUAAACUCAUAAACACCUCACUUGUUCUCACAAACCCAAAUCAAUCUUCUGCUCAAUGUGUACAUUUUCAAAAGUACAAUAAAAAGAAAGAAAGUUAAUGAUACAACCAAAGGCAUGAGUUGAAAGACAUUAAUCGGGAGAAGGUUCAUAGAAAAUCUAAGAAUGUGGAGGACUUAUUAGAGAGGAAGGUCAAAAGUGGCGAGGGUAGUGUCAGGCCUUUGACCAGUCAAGUCUAACCAUCAACAAUGGUGACGGGAGAAUGGAAAGGAGUAGGUUGAUAUGAAGAUAAAAAGGAUGAAGUGUUGGUUAUAUAAGCAAAGGCCCCCAAGUUGAUAAUCUAUGACAAUGAAGAGGAAAUAAGGAGAGCUUAUGUACUUAGCGCAGAAAAAAUCAAAAGUAAGGUGAGUUUGACAGAAGAUGAGGUGCUGUUAGAACUAUAGAAAUUGAUGUAGUGGCAAAACACUUCUUACUUUACAAACGUCAAGUUGACAUUGAAACUCAAGGCGAGGACAUUUGAAGUAGCGGGUAUGAGAGCCGAAGGAGCCAUCACCAGUUGACAAGAAAUAAGUUUGCUAAAUUACUUCUAGCAUUUGUUGACCUGAUGAUUCUAUUUGCCGCAAUAAGGAUAUGGGGGAAAGGAGUUACGGCUCUUCCCACAAAGAGGACAACCGCCCUUAAAGCAAGAAGAUGAGUCAUCAUCUCGAGCCAGAGGAGCAGCGACGACCAUAGCUAAGGAGGAAGUCACAAUCCAUGUGGAGAAAGGUGAAGAGGGCAAAGACGUAUUAGUCGUGACCCGAAAUGAUGCAUAGAAGAUGGAGGCGAGGUUGGGUACCUGAUCACUAGAGCAAACCGAACCGUAGAUCUAAGAUGCGGUGGAAGGAUGAAGUCCAUUAAAAUACACCCCAAUAUAAAACUCCUAGCGAUAGCACUAGAACAUCAAGAGAUCCGAGCAACUAUAUUUAAUGAAGGCCUACAAGCAACUAUAGUGUGCCUAGAGAGAGAGAUUGCCCUACUGUAG